AAAUUUAAAACCAAGAAAUAAAAAAUAGUUAUAGUUUACAUACAGGCUAAGCAAGUGGUCCCACUGUGAUCUCCAAAGCCCUUCCCUUCAAAUUCCCACAUUUCUGAGUUGCCUCCUCCGCCCUUUCUUUCGAUCAUCCUCGCCGCCGACAAUCCAUGGCUUCCGCAAUCGGAGCCCCAUUGUCAUCCAAACUCCUUUUCACGCCCUCAGCACCAACUUCAUCCUCACUCUCUCUCUCUACCCACCUUUCUCUCUCUAACCAAAAACCCACCAUCCCCAAAACCCUAGCUUGCUCCAAGCCAAACAAUCAACCCUUCCUCUCCUCCACCUUCCUCACCACCACAAAUGUCUUCACAGUCUUGCGAUCCCCACCAUCGCUCCGCCGGCGCCGAUCCUUCACCAUCCGGAUGGCACGUGGCAAAUUCGAGCGCAAGAAGCCGCACGUGAACAUAGGCACUAUCGGCCACGUUGACCACGGCAAGACGACCCUGACAGCUGCCCUGACCAUGGCCCUAGCCUCCAUGGGCAACAGCGCCCCGAAGAAGUACGACGAGAUCGACGCCGCCCCCGAAGAACGCGCGCGCGGGAUCACCAUCAACACGGCCACCGUCGAGUACGAGACCGAAACCCGCCACUACGCCCACGUGGACUGCCCAGGCCACGCCGACUACGUCAAGAACAUGAUCACCGGCGCCGCCCAGAUGGACGGCGCCAUCCUAGUCUGCUCCGGCGCCGACGGCCCCAUGCCCCAGACUAAAGAGCACGUAUUGUUGGCCAAACAAGUCGGCGUGCCCAAUGUAGUUGUGUUCUUGAACAAGCAGGAUCAGGUCGACGACGACGAGCUGCUUGAGCUGGUGGAGUUGGAGGUCCGAGAGCUUCUGUCGUCGUACGAGUUUCCGGGAGACGAUGUGCCGGUGGUUUCUGGGUCGGCAUUGUUGGCUUUGGAGGCUUUGAUGGCGAACCCUGAGAUCAAGAGAGGGGAGAAUGAGUGGGUGGACAAGAUAUAUGAGCUGAUGGAUGCUGUGGAUAAUUACAUUCCGAUUCCGCAACGGCAGACAGACCUUCCUUUUUUGCUGGCGAUCGAGGACGUGUUUUCGAUAACAGGGCGAGGCACGGUGGCCACGGGGAGGGUGGAGAGGGGUAGAGUGAAAGUUGGGGACCAUGUGGACAUUGUGGGAUUGAGAGAGACUAGGAAUACAACAGUGACUGGGGUUGAGAUGUUUCAGAAAACACUUGAUGAGGCUAUGGCCGGUGACAAUGUGGGGCUUCUGCUGAGGGGUAUUCAGAAGAUUGAUAUCCAAAGGGGAAUGGUGGUGGCCAAGCCGAAAAGCAUCACGCCACAUACCAAGUUUGAGGCCAUUGUGUACGUGUUGAAGAAGGAGGAGGGAGGGAGGCAUUCCCCGUUUUUCCCAGGGUAUAGGCCGCAGUUUUACAUGAGGACGACAGAUGUUACGGGGAAGGUGACCGGGAUAAUGAAUGACAAGGAUGAGGAGUCAAAAAUGGUGAUGCCGGGAGAUCGGGUGAAGAUGGUGGUGGAGCUUAUAAUGCCAGUGGCUUGCGAGCAGGGAAUGAGAUUUGCUAUUAGGGAAGGUGGCAAGACUGUCGGGGCUGGUGUCAUCCAGUCCAUUAUUGAGUGAGUUUCAUAGUGUAAUUAGUUAGGGUGUUUAGUCGGUGUUUAUUUUAUGAUUAAAUCUAUAGAGAACUUAGUUACUUAUGGUGUGGAUUAUAGUUUUGUUGAUAGCUUGAUCGCAUUCAACUUUGCUCUCUUUGUCACUUUCUUGCUUUUAUAAUGGUUUUUGGAGUUGCUGUUGUAGUAGCAGUGUUAACUGUCAAAGUUUUUGCAACAAGAAGUUCAAUACUUAUUGUUAAGUGUUUUGUAAGGAGUUAUUAAGAGAAGUAGAAUAAGGUGAGAAGCAGAGCAAUUUUUGUUGUCAUGUGAAGUUUCUGUAUCUCUUUUGAGUUUUGGCUCUUUGUUGAGUUGAAGGGGAUGAGGAACUGAGAUGGAUAUGAAUGUUAUCGGAUUGAAAGUGAA